GGAGGUGGGAGCCAGGGAUCCGCUGCUGUUCAUGGUGCUGAUGCUGAGCUGCUCACGCCGACCAGGGCGGGUGCUGCCGGAGAGGACUCCGAACCGGCCCAUCGCUCCACUUCCCCCCUUAAAUGUAACCCAGUUCAGGGGUUGGUGAAGGAAAACCCCGUGGGCGAAGAGCACUCGGAGGGGGGGAGCUUCCGAGGGGGCUGCAGGAGGACCAGGCCUCGGUUUGAGUUUAUGGAGCGGAGGAUGCUUGCAGGCUGAGCUGAUCCACUACCACCUGCACAAAACACUGAGGCGAGGUGGUGAUGCUGACCAGGAUGGAGGACGCCGCGGAGGGAGAAACGGAGCCGGCUGCUGAGGCCACAGAGGCGGGGUCACCGCAGGAGCAGGCCCUACAGGAGGAGAUGGAGAGGCUGCUGGAGGAAAACGAGGAUCUCAAGUGCGAGAUCGAAGAGAUGAGGACAGAGAUGGACGAGAUGCGAGACACGUUCUACGAAGAAGACACGUGUCAGCUGCAGGAAAUGAGGCGAGAGCUGGAGAGAGCCAAUAAAAACUGUCGGAUCCUCCAGUACCGGCUGCGUAAGGCAGAGAGGAAGCGACUCCGAUACGCCCAGACAGGAGAGAUUGAUGAGGAGCUGCUCCGGUGUUUAGAGCAGGACCUGAAGGUAGCUAAGGAUGUGUCGGUGAGGCUGCACAAUGAGCUGGAAAAGGUGGAGGAGAAACGCACAAAGACUGAGGAUGAGAAUGAGAAGCUGAGGCAGAAACUGAUCGAGGUGGAAGUGACCAAACAAGCUCUGCAGAACGAGCUGGAUAAAACCAAAGAGAAGAGAAGAGGAAGUAAGGACGUCCAGAAGACGGACAAGAAACCAGCACAGAGUCCCACAGAGGACGACAACGAGGACCUGAAGUGCCAGAUAGCUUUUAUCAAAGAGGAGGCGGUGCUGAUGCGGAGGAAGAUGGCCAAGAUCGACAAGGAGAAGGAUGGUCUGGAGCAGGAGCUGCAGAAGUACCGCUCCUUCUACGGAGAGCUGGACAGCGGCCACCCCAAGGGAGAGGCCGGGGGGCCGCCCACCACCCGAGAAUCUGAGCUGAAGCUGCGGCUGCGUCUCGUGGAGGAGGAGGCGAACAUUCUGGGGAGGAAGAUAGUGGAGCUGGAGGUGGAGAACCGAGGGCUGCGGGCCGAGCUGGACGACCUCCGUGGUGAGGGUGAAGGAGCGGGGAGCUCCGGCAGUGAGACCACCAGCAGCCCGGGUGGGGGACGUGGCCUGGCCGACGACCUGACGGAGCUCCGGCAGCAGCUGCAGUUGGUGGAGGACGAGGCCGAGCUGUUGAGGAGGAGCCUGGCUGACGUGGAGGAGCAGAACCAGCGAGUGACCACGGAGCUCAACAAGCUCCGCUUCAAAGCCGGGACACACGAUCUGGGCACCAGGCAUGGAGGAGGCGUUGCAGGGCCUUCUGGGAUUGAUGCAGCCAAGAUGGAGGCUCUGCAGGAGGAGCUGAAGGCAGCCAGGCUACAGGUCAACGACCUCAGUGGAAAGGUGAUGCAGCUUCAGUACGAGAACCGAGUUCUCCUGUCCAACAUGCAACGCUACGACCUGGCUUCCCAUCUCUCCCUGAGGCCCAGUCCCAGAGACAGCGACGCGGAGAGCGAUGCCGGCGGAGCCGCGAGUGGCCGUCGUGAGAGCGACGAAGACUCCACCUCCUCGCGUCUCCUCCCCCCACAUCGCAAGCGGGAAGGCCCAGUAGGCGGGGAGAGCGACUCGGAUGAAGUCAGGAACGGCAGCGGCCACUGCCUGACCCCCACCAGGGGUCUCUACACCCCUCCAGGACCAGAGGGGGCAGCCACCCCGAGUCUUAGCCGCCACCUUCCAACCGGACGCUACAGCCUACAGGAGCGGCAGCAGAUGAUUGACAUCCGUUUGGAAGCUGAGAGGCUGGUUCGGACCCUGGACCAGCUCAUCGCCGACACCGCCACCAUCAUCUCUGAAGCCAGAGUCUUCGUCUCCAACGGGGACCUGAUGUAUGGCAGAGGAGGGGAGGAGGGAGCUGAAGAUGAUGGGAGCAGGAUCAGGGAGCAUGAACUGCUCUAUCGCAUUAAUGCACAGAUGAAGGCCUUCCGGAAAGAACUGCAGGCUUUCAUCGACAAACUGGAAGUGCCAAGGCUGGAAGACAGAGAGGCUGAAGAGCCUGUUUCGAUGUUCCAGCCCAUCAUUCUGCUCAUCCUCAUCCUCGUCUUGUUCUCAUCCCUUUCUUAUGCCACCAUCUUCAAGCUAGUCUUUCUUUUUACCCUUUUCUUCGUCCUGUGAUGUUCUGCGCCCUUUAUUUACACCAUCCCUUGUUUGUUUUGUUUUUUUUCUCCUUCAUCAACAUUCCCUGUUGUUCCCAUCUUAUUUGUUGCCAUGGUUACGGAAAGCACAGUAGCAGCGCCACAUCAACAUCAGCACCUGUGUUUUCCACAAC